AAAAAUCGACGAUUCUUAUCGAAUAAAAAAAUAGAAGAAAAAUUGCGACGAUCGAGCAAGGUGGAGAAACAGGGAUCAGUGUAGAGGAAGAGCAUCAGUGUUGUGAGAACUGAGGACAAUGUCUUCUGAAUUGCCAAGUUCUGUUCGCAAAGUGGUUGUUCAUCUCAGAGCCACCGGCGAUGCUCCUAUCCUCAAGCAAUCCAAAUUCAAGAUAGCAGGAACUGAUAAAUUUGCUAAAGUGAUAGACUUUCUUCGCCGACAGCUCCACAGGGAGACAUUGUUUGUAUAUGUCAAUAGUGCCUUUUCACCAAACCCUGAUGAAUUGGUCAUUGAUUUGUUUAAUAAUUUUGGCUUUGAUGGCAAACUGGUGGUCAACUACGCUUGUUCCAUGGCAUGGGGCUAACUCUGAAUGAUGGUUGCUGGUUACAAAAGCUCCAUAUUGUGAAUACAUUGUUUACUUUCAGAAAUUCGGGACUUGCAUAUAAUCACAGUACCCGAUUUCUUUUGAACUUGAAGAUUCUCACAAGAUGUAAGUGCACAAAAGGUUUUACUUUAGGGGGGUAGACAUUUAAAGCAAACUGGAGUCACCCAUUUGGGCGUGUUCAUGUGAUAGUUAUGGGUGAUUAUGGUUUGUACUUUGUACUGCUUGUUAAAAUGCUAAUCCUUCAGUUGUUCAUCAUGACUUUUUGAAAAAUAUAUUUUGCUGCCAAUACA